GCUUUGGUGGCGUAGCUGUGUAGCUGAACUGCUCGCGUUUCUGUCUUCCGGAAGAGGAUUCCGGCCUGGCCCCAGAGCUCCAUCCUCGGCCCGCAUCGCUCACCUUGACCCUGUUUCACGGCUCUUCCACGCUCUCUUGAGAUAGUCGUUCAUGGAAGCCGCUGGCCUUGUUCCGGUCUUGGCGCAUCUGGCCUCCCGCCAACCAAGACCCAAUUCCGACCCAUUGUGAGGGUCCAGGGCGUAAAGGCGUGUACCGGUGUAUCCACCGUAGUGUGGGUGGGUGGGGUUGGAUGCGGCGCACCCGCUAGCCUGGACCCUGCCACCCUCGGGCGUCUAUGGACCCAUGUUCUGCCAGUGGGUCGAGUGCCACUCAUGUCUUGAUGCCGCACAAUGGGCUGCCCUCGCCCUCGCACCGCCUCCCGCCUCCUCAGUCUUACGCCCCCGUCCCCGCCCUUACUCCCGUCAACGACCCGUCUAAUUUGUCCAGCCCCAUGUGGCCCCCGCAUCACGGUGGUGGAGUUAGUCUAGGGUUGAUCGAUCCUCCACCGGAAUCGGGUGUGACCAGUGGUCCGGGGGUGCGGCCCAUCGGCCUCAUGCUUCAUCCACAAGUCACGCCCGUGUCCAGUUUGAGUCUGACGCCGGUUCACAGUUCGUCGAUCGCGUUAUCCGGGGGUAGCGGCUCGUCUGACACGGGAUUGAUGUCGAGUGCCCUCUCAUCCAGCACGUCUAUGGCUUCUACCGGACUUCAUUCGGGAGAAGGGCCAGAUCGACUCCCGCCCUCCAUGUUGACCUCGUUCACUUCGCCCAGUUUGGCACUGGAACUACCCAUGGUGUAUGCCUCGCCCGCCAUUGGCCCGCACUCGCGCUUAAUGUCCACCGGCCUUAGUUCGUCGGCCGCUCAUCACGGGCCGCCCGAGGCUCACUUUUCGAUGAGCGGUGUUCCACCCGGGAGCUCGAUUGGUCGCUUGAAUUCUGCUCUCGACCCUAGGCAACCCAAGCCUCAUUACCCUACCCUUGGCGCUCACCCGGGUGGGUCUGGUCCGCUCGUGAAUCUUCAUUCAGUAAUGGGGGCGCCCGCAUCGUCUUCCAUGAUGUCCGGACUCGCGGCCGGCCCUUCCACUUCGGUGGCUCAUUCAACGUCAUCGUCAGCUUUGGAUAUGAUCGGCGGCAUGACCCUAUUCAGUCCCGAGAAAGGCCGGCUGCCCGCUACUGAGGCUAUGGCUGGCUCAUCCACCGCUCAUUCUUUGAUAGCCCACCAUUUUCAUGAAUGCGUGCCCAACGCCAAUCGAGGGUCCCGCACUGUCAGUGGUCACGGUAUAGCGUUGAAUCCGCCACCCCCAGGUGGUUCGGAUAAGCCACGUCAAUUCCGUGAUCCUCGCUCGGCUCCACUUCGGAAGUUGUCGGUGGAUCUGAUCAAGACCUACAAGCACAUAAACGAGGUGUACUACGCCAAGAAAAAGCGACGGGCCCAACAAGCCCAGGUUGAGGACUCCACUCAUCAUCGGAAGAAGGAGCGCAAGCUUUACAACGAUGGAUUUGACGAUGAGCAUCAUGACUACAUUAUCAAAACCCACGAACGGUUUCUGGACCGAUAUGAGAUCGACUCGCUGAUUGGCAAAGGCUCCUUUGGCCAAGUUGUGAAGGCCUUUGACCACGAGGAACGUUGUCACGUUGCCAUCAAGAUCAUCAAGAACAAGAAACCCUUCCUAAUUCAAGCUCAGAUUGAAGUCCGUCUUUUAGAAACUCUCAAUCGAACAGAUUGUGAAGACAAAUACCACGUGGUGAAACUCAAGCACCACUUCAUGUGGAGAAACCAUUUGUGUUUAGUGUUCGAGCUACUAUCCUAUAAUCUCUACGACUUACUCAGGAAUACGAACUUUCGCGGGGUGUCGCUGAAUUUGACGCGAAAAUUUGCCCAGCAAAUCACCACCGCUUUGUUAUUCCUGUCUUGGCCGGAAUUGAAAAUAAUCCACUGUGAUCUAAAGCCGGAGAAUAUCCUUCUCUGCAAUCCCAAGCGGUCUGCCAUCAAGAUUGUCGACUUUGGCUCGUCGUGUCAAUUGGGGCAACGCAUUUACCAGUAUAUCCAAUCGCGGUUCUAUCGCUCGCCAGAGGUCCUACUGGGAAUUCCUUACGACCUGUCCAUCGACAUGUGGUCCCUAGGAUGCAUUCUCGUCGAGAUGCAUACGGGGGAGCCACUCUUUUCAGGAGCCAAUGAAGUGGACCAAAUGAACAAGAUCGUGGAGGUGCUCGGCAUCCCACCCAAGUACAUCCUUGAUAAAGCCCCUAAAGCCAAAAAGUUCUUCCAGAGGCUUCCGGACGGAUCACAUACGCUUAUCGUGUCAAAAGACGGAAAGAAAUAUCGAGCUCCUACUUCCAGGAAACUUCACGAUAUCAUUGGUGUCGAGAGUGGGGGCCCCGGGGGAAGGCGAAUAGGCGAACCUGGGCACAGUGUGGCAGAUUAUCUCAAAUUCAAAGACCUCAUCUUGAGAAUGCUCGACUACGAUCCUAAAGCCAGGAUCACGCCCUACUAUGCCUUGCAACAUAAUUUCUUCAAGCGCUCCCCGGAUGAUAAUUCGGGGACUUGGGGUGCCCCUUAAACACGGAAAGCUAGCUUAAUUAGAUAGAAAAGGGGUAGCGACCAACCCACUAGCGCCCCAUUGGCCCCAUUUACGAGCAAGUCCGAACAACCUUGAAAGAAUAAAUGACAGAUCCGUCCCCAUCGUGCGGCGCAAGUGAGAUUGGAACCGUUUUCGAACGGUUCAUCUCACUCGCUUCAUCUUGUUCCCCAUUACUCUCAACGAAGUCCGAUCUACAUGAUUGUUUGUGUGAUGCCUCUGGAGCAAGAUCUUGUGCAGAGAUGGAAGUGAAUGCCACUAGUGAGGCAAAAAGGAACUAUUAUUACCAUUACUUCAAUCACUACAACUAUUAUUAGUGUUAUUACAACAAGAACUUCAACUACUACUACCACCAUCACCUCUUCUACUCGUCCGCCGGAUGUUUGGGUUCAAUAGCCCAUACUCAAUCUUGCCAAACAUGUGGCUCAACUAGUGACAUUCAUUGAUAACAAUUAACUGUAAAGGACUCUCAUCAUAUUUAAUGGAGUUAAUUUUCCAUAUUUGUUUUGUACUGAAACUGAUUAGAAGAAAAAAAUCCCCGUUAUCCAAUAAAGCUAAAUAACCCACGUA